AUGGCGCGCCAACCUAAUUGGUUCUGCACGCCGUUGCCCAUCAUCAAAUUUCUGCAGAUCGUCUGCGCCCUAGUCGUGAUCCUAUUUUUCAUGGAUGGUAGGCAGCAGUGGUCUCCCUACACCCUGAUUUUCCUGAUAGCCGUGAUCACUGUGGUAGUAAAUGUAGUACUGCUUGCCCUGCACUAUUUCGACGUCGUAAGAACGAACAACGCGGUCCCAUGGUUGUCAGUGGAGCUUGCUUGGAACAGCAUCCUUGCCCUGUCGUAUCUUAUUGCGUUUGGUAUCCUGACUUAUGAUUGGUGGGAGAUUCGUGGAAACCGCUGGUCUCAUCAUUCUGCUACUCCACCGAGGAACAUUGGAGCCGCUGGAUGGGUCAACCGAGUAUUGUGCGUCGCCGUAGCCAGCCUGAUCAAUACAGUCCUGGCCCUAAUGCUUGUGCAAAGGCUUCGCAUCCACAAAUUGGCC